AAAAUCCCUAAUAAAGUAAUAAUCAUGUAGCACUCACUCUAUAUAAUUGAUCAAACCCACAUCAUUCAUGCCCUAAAAAACCCAUCAAAUUUCACUAAUCCAGCAGGUUCCAAAUCAUCAAUCGGAACUACAAAUCGAUCAUCUUCAACCUGCAUGAAGGAUCUUUAUGGUUGAAAAAUCAAAAGCAGUAUCAACUAAAAGUAUGGACCACCUCUCUAAUACUUUUUCUUUGCUAGAAAUGGACGUUGAGGAUGAUAGAAUAGAGACUACCAGUUCCGCUAAUGAUCCAGAGAAACCCAAUGGUGACGCUAAGAAAGAAACCGAUAGUCAUAAAAACGUGUUAGAAGGAGAUUACCGGUUGCCUCUUGUGUGGAUCGACUUGGAAAUGACGGGAUUGAAUAUUGAAGUAGAUAGAAUACUGGAGAUUGCUUGUAUAAUCACAGAUGGAAAGUUGAACAAAUCCAUAGAGGGUCCCGACUUGGUUAUACAUCAACCGAAAAAGUGUCUUGAUGAGAUGGGAGAAUGGUGUACGGAACAUCACGCAGCAAGUGGUUUGACAGAAAAAGUGAUCCAAAGUACCAUUAGUGAAAAAGAAGCUGAACAACGGGUUGUUGAGUUUGUCAAGAAACAUGUGGGCACAUACACUCCUCUGCUUGCGGGAAACUCAGUUUAUGUUGAUUUUAUGUUCUUGAAGAAAUACAUGCCUGAAUUGGCUAGUCUAUUCUCUCAUGUAGUCGUUGAUGUCAGCAGCAUUAACGCCUUAUGUGUUCGUUGGUUCCCAAGAGAUAAAAAGAAAGCUCCAAAGAAGGAGAAGAACCACAGGGCGAUGGAUGACAUCAAAGAAAGCAUAGCGGAACUCAAAUACUACAAGGAAAAUGUCUUCAAACCACUCAAGUCUAAGAAGUAACAACAUCAAAUGUGAGAAUCAUGUAUGAUGCAAAACUGGAUUUAUUUAAGGUGGAAACUUUGGGUCAAAUCCGUAACCUAGGGGGGUCAAAACAGGUCGGUUAGGUCAGGUCGGUGCGUAAGCAUUUAUUUUUUGAAGUGUUUGAUAUGAUUAAGGUAUGAUAUUAUAUAUUAAGUUGUGUUUUGGAUGUGCCUUAUAAUCAAGUGUUUUGUGUUUUUGUUAAUCAAUUAUUAAGCA